UACAGGAGAUGACCAGAGACUGGGGACAUAUUACAGGAGAUGACCAGAGACAGCAGACAUGGUACAGGAGAUGACCAGAGACUGCGGACAUAGUACAGGAGAUGACCAGAGACUGCGAACAGCAGUACAGGAGAUGACCAGAGACUGUGGACAUACUACGGGAGAUGACCAGAGACUGCGGACAUAGUACAGGAGAUGACCAGAGACUGCGGACACAGUACAGGAGAUGAUCAGAGACUGCGGACAUACUACAGGAGAUGACCAGAGACUGCGGACACACUACAGGAGAUGACCAUUGACUGCGGACAUAGUACAGG